CGCGAGGGCCAAGGACAGUGAAUGUGAAGAUUGCGAACUACGACUCUGCUGCCACCGUACUGCGCACUGCUGGACAUGUCAACCCCGAGCCAGAGAGACGGCAUACAUAUAGCUACUUUGAGGAGAAGGAUGUUUAAAAAAUCGGCCUUCGAUUUAUGGAAGGCAGAAUGCGAUCAAAUAGGCAUUGCAACAUUCUGCAAGGAUCUCGAUCUUACGCUCGGCAGCGGCAUCGCGCUUGGAUUAAUUACGGAACUGUGCGGGCCUCCCGGUAGCGGUAGGACACAGCUUUGUUUGCAGCUUUGCGUAACUGUACAAAUACCCCGAGCACUGGGAGGAAUAGAAGGACGAGUUGCCUAUCUGGACACCAAUUACGGAUUUUCUACGAAAAGGAUACGAGAAAUGGGACGAGCCUGCUUAGAGCACUGUGUUAAGCUAACGCGAGCUCGUAAUAUGAACCCAGAGGAAAUAUUGGCCGGCGUUACGGAGGAUUCCAUCCUUGACAAUGUUCUGUACGGACACGUUCAAACCACAUCCCACAUUUUCGAAGCAAUCGCGGAACUUCAGAGUAAACUUUUUCAAGGAGAGAAGAUACAACUGAUAAUAAUUGACUCGUACUCUUUUCUCAUCCGCAACACGAUUACCAAUUCGCUUGAACGAGUGAAAGUUGACCACGAAAUACUUACCUUGCUGCAUAAGCUGGCACACCGUUUUGGAUGCGCCGUUGUGAUAACGAAUGAUGUGACGACCGACUUUUCGAGUGUGCGUAAAACGAACGAAGAACCAUUGAUUGUGCCGGCACUUGGUGACAGCCACAGUCACAAAAUCAAUCAACGGAUCCUACUUGGUCGGAUUGAGUCGAGCGACGACCCGCUCCAUAACGGAUUAUAUGUGGCAUCGAUAGAAAAAAGUCUUUUCACACCUAAAGUGUCGGUUGCCUUCCGUAUUGAACGCCACGGGAUUCGAAACGCGCGAAAACCAGCGCGUAACGGAAGCGAAUCUUCUAAAACUAGUGAAAGCAAUUUUACUACACGAAAAAGUACAAAGGAAUCCGUUCAAGCGAAUCUCUAAGCACGGAUGGUGGAUAGCUCAGUUAGUUAGCAGCAAACCGGCCACCGAUUGAGUGAAGAUCUGCUUCGGAAGGGAAAGACAAACUCAAUAGGGUGAGUUGUGAGUAUAUUUAUGAGUUAAUUCAUCCGCGACUGGUACAUUAUCUUUCGUGCGAUUCAAGAUCUUCACUUAA